UCAACUUUCAAGCAGAAGGAAGGUACAUGCCUGCCUGCCUACUACUUAUUGCCUACUACCUACUAUCUAAAUACCGUACAGGCUUCAGACACUGAGACAGAUUGCGGAUGCCUGUACGGAGCAUGUAUGUAUGAAAUGGUUGGCAAGUUCUACCAGCUGGCUGCACACUACUAGUAUUCUGAGGCAUUUGCUGAGUGUUGGCCCGACAGACGGACAGAUGAAUGGAAAGACAGACAGCCUUACGGCUGGCUGCAUUGCUGCAUUGCUGCACUGCUCAAGGCGAAUCCUUGCGUCGCGCAGACAAAAACGCAGCAGCAGCGUGUUUUCUUGUCGAAGUAGGAGUAUGUAGGUCUUCGGAGUAGUGUACCGUACCUAGCCGUACUUUUCGUUGCUUCUUCCUUCAAUUUUACUUUUCCCUCCAGAGGAGAAUAGGAUUUCAUUCAAUGUCGUG